AUGCUGCAAAAAUCAUCAACACCAAAAAGUUGUCAGCCAGAGGUUAGUGCCUCAGCUCUACUCCUGGUCCUUUCAUGAAUAGAAAAUAUUUCAUCGCCGUUGAAACAGAUCUGGAGUUGUUUUGUCUGGGUCACGAUGUGUCUGUUACAAAGUAAUUGAGUUAUGUGGCAAAGAGGAGAUUAAAAGGAGGUUAUCAUGGGAUGAUUGAACAUCUUUUGUAUCUGGAAAUGGAUACUUUGUGAUGUUGUUUUUUUUCUUUGGAGGAUCUUUCUCAUGUGAGCCGAACAAGGGGUGGGUUUAUAGAGAAUUUACCUUUGUCCGUGCGCUCUGAUCACUCCCGGCAAAGGGAAUUGUUGCAGACUGAUUCUGCUGAAUGCUGUUCUACCUGGGAGAUCUGUCUUACCAGAACAGAUGUGGGAUUGGUUGUUUGUUGGUUUGUUUGAAGGAAGAAUGCUAUGUACCUUGCUCCUGUUGUAUGGCAGUUACAUGUAGGGGGUUUGGGCGCUAACAGGUUUGCCUCCUAAGGCAGAAAUAGGCUGCGUGGGGCAAUCUAAUGAACUUGACUUCUUGAUGAAUUAGAACAAGUGUUGCUUGCGUUCUUCAGCUCCAAAGUUUCCAAAAGCUGAAGCCAGACUGCUGUUUUAAGGAGAAACAACCUUAGCUUUUCUCCUAAGCUGUUGGUUUCCCAAUUCCCAGAGGUAUGCGUACACACAGAAGGUGGUGUAUUUCCUUGUGUAGGGAGUGUGGUCUCCUAACGCCCGGGGAAUCCUUUGCAGGGGUUGGGCUUCUUUCCAUGAUCCCUAAAAAAGAGGAGAAAAAGGAUAUCCAUUCUCUGUUGCACCAAAAUAUGAACUGUGAUGAUAAGAGCAUAAGAUGGCUUGAAGAGUGGCAAAGAAAUUUAAUUAACUGUAGUCACACAGAGAAGUAGUAUCGGAAGCAGAGAGUGCCAGGGUGAGAAGGCUGAUUGCCCCAAACCCAUGCCUUGUGGAGGUACACAUGAUGAUUUGUUGUUUCAGUACCCAGCCUGAGUGAAGUCAUGCUGGGAACCAGCUGGUGUGGCUGUGUGUUGUUUGGGUGGUGGCAGCAGAUCCUGAGUGACUUGGUGUGCCCUCCAUGGUCACAUGACAUAGGCCACUGGUGAAGGUGAAACAUCCAAUCUCUUAAGCUCAGUAUGGGAAAGGUUUGGAAGAUGUCUCUGCUUUGCUGAUGGCCACGAAUGCUGUGCUUUCUUUGCCAUAUUCCCUGACACCCUGUAGUGAGGACGACAAGUUCCGGAGAGUCAUCUUCUCAGUGAGUGGCCACAAACCACCUCAGGGAAGGGAGGAGUUGAGCUUGAAGCUUGAGAAGGCUUGAGAAACUGAUUACAAAGGAAAAGUUGUUUCUGUGCAGAGGAGACGAUAUUGAAAUUAAUGCUGGAGAUAGGAGAAUGGCAAAAAAACUGCAGGGUAAUAGCACUGAAACAAAAUUCAUACACAUAACAGCACAAGCCCAGAAGUAGCAGAUCUGAUGGAGUCAUUUUUUUAAGUGUUUAGGCACCUAAUGAGUUACGGAGGGAGCAAUAUAUAGAUCCUAAUUGUUUUUUGUGUUAUGGUGAUGACAGUUUUAUGAUCCAGCAAGUAGGAGAUGUGUGGGUGAGUACAGCCACAUUUUGAAUUAGCUUCUACUUUUUGUACCUUCCUGUCAGUGAAAUAGAUUGAGGAUACUAACCUGGUCCUCAGCUAACUGACUUGCAGCAGCUGGCAAUGGUUUCCUUAGGAAGGUAUUGGUUAGAGCACAGUUGUGGGAAGAGCCAAGAAAUGAAAUGAGUUUCUGCUAAUGUAGAAGAAUGUCAGAAACAAGAAGCGACUGAUCUUGUUUCCUUGAAGUCUUGCUGAGAGCUAAAGAACCUGUGUUCGCCAUGAAAAGUGGAUGGUAAGUUCAGCUGAAUAUAUGGGUUCCUCAGUUACACAGCUGUGUUUGCUGAUAGCUCAAGAGGUUAACACGAGAAGGAACUAAAUGCUUUGAUAGGAACUUAGUGAGUUCACCUUGGAAUAGGGCUUAAAGCACUGAAGGAAAACGCGUGCCGUUUGGACAUUGCAGCUGUAAAUCAGUGAUCAGAGAGAUUCGAUUCAGCAGCCUGAAAAUGAAAGUCUUGGGGAAAGGCAUUUUAUAGAGCUGUCUGCACAGGAGGAGAAUUACGGCGUUAAUUCUGCAGUGCCCUGGCUAUAUGUUGCCUGAUGCUUCCUUUCCCAGAGCUGGCACUUCUCCCUGGGGAGGCCACAUCUCUGCCUGGCAGGAUGCACACCCAGGGCUCUGCGGCGCACCCGGCUGCCUGCCUGCUUGCCUGCUGGUGGGCCCACCACCCUCCAGACCUGUGUCCUGCACCAGGGUCACAGCAACAGAAUGUCCCCUGGGCGGGGAUGUGCUGCCCCUCUCCAACUUAAACAUGGCUAAAUCUGAUGUUUUGUACUUUCUCCAGCAGAAUUUGAACUACCUGACAUAGUCAGUGUUGCUUCCAGAGGCAGCACCGUGCUGCUGGUGAGGAGUACAGCCCAUUGAGGCUGCAUGGAAGUUUUGCUUUUCCAGUGCUUCCCUCGGUUAUGUCCAGGGAAGUGGUAACAAGGCUCCUUUUGCUGUACUUUGUGUUACCUUUGAUUUUCAAGAGUCUUCGUGAAGGAAUAAUAGAUAGCUGACUGGAAAGUGCUCGGUAGUUUGAUGCAGGUAGGUGGGAAGGAGGAAGAGGAACACUGAAGGGUAAACGGUUUGUGUUUAAGGGGUUCCCCAUUACUUGGCUUGUUUGUAAAACUAUUCUCUCAAAGAGGUGGAGAGAUGUGGUGCUGGUAUGGGGCUUCUCUGAAGGCAAGGAGGGUGAAUGGUGCUGCUCUCUGCAAAGAGAACAACUCCAGUCUUGUAAGCUUCGUCUUCUGUAAAAUACAAAAUCUGAUGUUGAGAGUCCCUUGUUUCUUUUUGGUCUGUGGUUUUCAGAUGUCUGUUCUCUCUUUUAUUAAAUCAUGUUAAUCAGAGCUGGUCUAGAUUAAAAUUCAUACUUGGGCUGUAAUGAAGUAUUUGUUAUUAUUCAUAUUGUGUUGAUGCUUAAGACUGUCUGGUGAGGAGUAUGCCAAGAACUUUAACGUUAAAUAGGGGCCAAAUGUCUGUGGAAAAGGAGAGGAAGCAGACUUUACCUUAGUCAGCAUUCAGCUGGUGUAUAUAAGAGCAGUGGUUAUUGCACAUGGGGAAAUACAAUGCCUCAGACAUCCGAAAUUCCUAUGGGAUUGAACGCCCAGGCUCUUAUGAGAGCGAUGGGCAGAUGGAAGUAAUAGCUGUGAUUUUUUUUUUGAUUUUUUUUUUUGGAAGCUAUCUUGUGGGUGUCACCAGAGUACUUGCUUCAGUGUAAAAAUUCCUAGCAAGUAAAGUGCGGAUCCUGGGCAGCAAUUCAGAUUGCUUGCAGUGGUCAAAAUGAUCGAGAGAGAAGCAGAGGCUGUAGUGGCAGCAGGGAAAUGUCCAGGUUCUGACCGACCGGUGUUGGUGUCUUCAGUAAGAGUGAGCUUCCUGGGGCUGGCAGUGGGGAAGCCCAGUUGUCACUUGUUUUCAGAGUAUGCAUCCAGAACGUGUUUAAAGAUAAUAGUCCUAUACUGGAAGGAAGUAGGCAGAGCUCUAUCCUGCAAUAAGUCUUAGCAUGUUGUUUAUAUCAAACCAUAUGUAAUGAUCUUACCAGCACGUGCAGAGGGACAGCAUUAUUGGCCCCUUUUUUGUUGUAUGUAGGGAUCCUCUAUGUGUAUUACCUCAAUUGUUAAUAUUUCUUUGCUGCUGAAAAUCUGUAUCUUUCAACUCCUGCAAGUGACAGCUUUUGAAAUACAAAUGCAGAGCAGCUAUUUGGAAAGUAAGACCUCUUUGCUGCUUUCUCCUUGCUGUGCUUUUGCUCUCGCCAGUGGAAUACAGAGGUGGAAUUUCUUCCCUGUUUUCCAUCUUUCCAAAUUUGUAAAUUAGAAGAAAAUUUGCAGCCUACCCAGUUAUUUUUGUUGUUGUUCCUGCAUGAGAUUAUGUGGAUUGUGGGAGGAGCAGGGAAUUACUUGUGUGUAUCAAAUCUCACCCGGAAAAAGCACUCUUGAUGGUUCUAAUUCAGUUUUUUGUUUGUUUUUAAGCAGCUCUCUUGUCCUGGGCUUUCAGUUCCAGAGUGGUUGUUGACUUCGGCUUUCUGGAGAUGUCAAUAGUAGUUCUCCUGGCUGCUCAAACAUUGAGCUUGCAUGCUACAAAGGAAGUUUAGCAGCAUCACUCACCACCUUCUGCUUUGAUACACUUUGCAACUGCUCUCAGCCUGCUCUCGGGUCAGGGCUCUGGGGCUGCCCUCCAGCCCCAAGGAAUCCAGUGCAGCAGUUCUUGGCUGUGUGCACAGAGCUGCACUGCAGCCCGCUACAAGUGUGUGUGGCUGCACAGGAAGCCUGGUGUGCUAGUCACAGAUGGCCGAGGCACAGAUCUGAGCUCAUGUGGGAAUGUCCUGAGAUAGGUGUUCUCUGCCUGCUUGUUUUGAUGGGCAGGGGGCAAAUGUCCUUUCUUGCAAAGGACAGCAGAUCAAGCUGUGGCUGCCCAGCCAUGCUUGCUGAGCAGCCAAAUCAGGUCUGGUCACUUGGAGUGGGAGAGGAGCUGUCCUUCUACCACAGGUCUUUAAGCACUCAAGAAGUGCUGUGUUGAGUCUCAUGCUUCUCCUCCCCUCUCCUGUCUGUGAGCAGACUGAGGGAUGCUUUGCCUGGGGAGCACGGAAAUGAGCUGCAGUGAUGGGAGCAGGGUGGGAUCUGCAUGCUGGGAUCAUAAGCUGCAGCCCAAGUUCCAGUGCUGCUGGGAGGGGGCUCAGCCAGUGCGUGUCACUGGAGGGUAUGUCCCUUGGAGAGGUGCUCGGAGAAGGAGGGAUGUGUGUGAGGAGAGACCUUUGCUUGGGGGGAGGUGGGGGCUGGAAGUGGGACAGGGAGUGGGAGAAUCUAGGGGACCAGCCUGGCUUCUCACCUGCUUUGGUGUGAUGGGGCACGUGGGAUGGUAUCAGCAAGGGAAGUGGUGGGCUGGGAGGUGGAAAGAGUGGGAGCACAGCUCAUCCUGCAGCCACGAGCUGGCUUCUUCCCACUGUGGAUUUCAGUGAUGGCCGGGGUUACCCCAGGUUGCCUCUCAGUUUACACUGUAUAUUUUAUAAAGGAUCUGGAACAGAGCAGACAGGAUUUCAGCUCGUGUCUGCCUUUUCUGUGGUCACAUUGAGUAUUAAAUUUCCGGCAUUAACAAUGAAGGGGGGGCAGUGGGCACCCAGAUUGGGCCGGAGCUCACAGAGCCACAGCGUGAGCGUGGGGAAAGGGGCUUGGCAAGAGUCGGGUUUCUCAUUCACACGGUGUAACCUGGAUUUGUGUGGGGCAGAGUAGUGAUUAGAAUAAUUCCUGUGUACGUCCAGAAGCCCUCAGUUCUAGAGCAUUUGCCCUGAUCAGCAAAUGGUGGAAAUAUUUCCAGGUGUCCCUCAAGUGAAGGGUGGGAUGCUAAAGUCCCUGGCAAUGUUUGGGGCAGGCAGAGCUGCCAGAAUUCCUUGUAAGAAGGGCCCAGUGCAAGAGCUGGUGGUGGCUGUUGUUGCUCCUUCUGGAGCAUAGUGUGGAAACUUCACAGUCUUAAAACUGAGUCUUUCUCUGGAUGGUACUAAAGACAUCACCACCAGAGAGGACCCAUCCAUGGAUCAUGAAGAAAUUUCUGGAGAUUGUAUAUAUUCUUUCUUCUUCCAGCCUCCAUGACAUGUUGGGUUAUUAACACGACUGUUUUCAAGAGAGGUCAGUGGCAACUUUGUCCCCUUCCACUCCCCUGAGCAAUUUUAUUUUUUCUGAUCCCAUAAACCGGGUGAUUUUUAAGAGGAGAGCACGCUAAUGUAAAAUGAAAUCUCUCUCCACUUUGCCAUCUUUGAGCACCAUCUGUCUGCCACGUGACCCUUAAAACCAAGGUGUCUUUCCCCUUUUGUUAAUUCCUGCCUGUCACCUGUUCUAGUAUUUCAGGUAUGGUGGCUUUUUCCCUGUUGUUUUUUUUUUUGUUGUUCCCUCCUUUCCUCCGGGGCCCUGUGAGCUGGGCUGAUUGCAGGUUCCUUUUUUACUUUCGUAGAUUGACUAUCUACUUAAAUAUCGCUGCGUACUGCUCUUGUGGCUGCUCAAGCAUUCUGGUGUGGCUGUAUGAUUUCUGGAGAGCAGUGGCAGAACACUUCUGAAGAAAGGGACUGGCAGCAUGUUGGAAAUGAACAUUUUCAGCACUGAGAGUUGCUGAAGAACAAUGGAGCAUAGAUGGAACCUUCUGGGGAAACUCAGUCUUUAGUUGUAAGAUUUUGUUUCCUCGUAGCUUUUUCUAUCUGUUCUCCCCAGUUCAUUUUUUCUUUAUGUUUUCAUUUUUGAGCUUAUUUUGAAUGUUCAGUUUUCUGACAUGUCAAUUAAAAGUAAUUUUAGACAUCUGUAAUGCUUUUACCGCAAAUGUAAGUUUAGUGGUACUGCUUUAUCCUCCUUCCCUCCCAGCUGGCACUGCAGAAUCCUUGUUGCUCUCACCUUUCAGGUGAGCAGAUGAGGGAAGCUUGUGGUUGUGCAAGUGGUGAAUUCCUGACAACCCUGAGAAUAGUUGAGGGAUGUCAGGAGAGCCGGUUAAUGUCUGUUGCCUGUCAGGAAAGGAGGAGAUAACCAUGGCUCUGCUCUGUGUGUCGGAGCCUGAUUUGCCAGGUUCUGGCAGAGGCAAAGAGGAGAAUUCCCCAUCUCUGAGAUGAGUGAAUAUGAUGACCUUUCAGAGAAUGCAUGUAUGCAUAUAGACUCAUAUAAGCGCUGUACUCUCAGCACUUUUGUGUUAUGUUCUUGAGGGCGUGAGUUACACAUCUCUCGGCAGCAGUGAGCUGCUGUUCUGGUGCUUCCAUCCAGUUUUCCUGUCCUGAGCUCGCCAUGCUCUGGGCUCUCCUGUUGUUCCCGUGGCCGGGGUUUCCUCAGCAGUGACACUGGGAUAAGGCUGGGCUUCUGUCCUGCUGCUAAGAAAGGUGCUAGCCAACCUUUCCUCUGUGCUGGAAGCCAGAGCUGGUUAGCUGUUAAACACAAGCUCCUUUUCCCUGGGGUACCCAAGGUACCAUCUCCUGACGCACUGUUAAUGUGCUUCUGUCAGAGUCCCAGAAGCUGCUGAGCGCAGUGCUGGAGAAGAGAGCAGCCACUGUGGGAAUGAAGACCAAGUUAAUGUAAAAGAAAAACACAGGCAAUGCCAACACCUCUCUGGGGAAGGAAGGUGCCCGCAGAGAUGAGGCUGGGAGCAGGCACGGCUCUGGCAGGCCAGCGGGACCAUACAGGUUGGCGGUGGGACCUGGGAGCUGCCGUGCCUGCUGGGCAGUGCUGCUGCCUUAUCUCUGUGGGCUGUUGCCAUGAUGACUGUGGCAAACAGGGACUGAAAAAUUUACCAGAUGCGUGUGAGCCAAAGAAUUAAACUUUCUCAUAGGCGGGAAGGGAGGGAGGAGGGCGGGUGAUGAUGUAUUAACGAAGGACAGCAUCCUAGUGAGAAAUACCAGGCUCACUAUCCGUUAGCCACCGGAAUGGUGGGGGGGUGAGGAGGGACAUUCCUCCUGCUGUCUGUGCCCAGGAGUGUUCAGACCCAGCAAUGGGUACUGCUGGAGAGGGGGGUGAACGCGUCCUGUUUUUCCUGGUAGGAUUUGCAUUAGUUGGGUAGCUGAGAAGUAAGAAGUGGGAAGAGUGUCCAUUUCUUAUAUCAGUCUCUUCUUUUGUUCCUUAUACCCACAAAUAACUCUUGCCUGCCUUGUUCUUGGAGCUUUUCCAUGUUGGUGUUAGUGCAAAUCCCUGAGUUUUGUUGUUGCCUGCAGGUUUCAGGCUAUUGAAUGUGAACCCAUCCAGCCUGCAUGGGUGGUAUUGGUAGUGCAAGGCUGCUGCCAUUGAAAGUGUCUGAUGCAAAAUUGUGUCAGCACCAUUAGUGCUCGUGCUGGUCUUGACCCUGUGUGCUGCUGUUGUCUGUGCUGGUUGGCUGCUAUGUGGACUGACCCAGAGUACGUUAGGGGCUGGCUGGGGAGCAAGGAGCUGAUGAUGGGAGUGUCUGUUCUCAGUGCCCACAUCUCAGUGCACCAUCGCUCAGAAGGUGGUGUCACGUGGCAUUGCUAUGAGCUUACAGGGUGCCAUUCUGCAGUUUGCUUUGGGAGAGACAAACCUCAUCUUGCCCAGCAAAACUCUGUCCAACAGUACACACGUUAGCUUAAAAUGUUUGCCUAAAGACUUAGCAAGAUAGAAUUAUGGUAAUUAAAACUAGUCUCUCUCUAGAAGGGCUUCUUCAACUUACCUAAAAACGUUUAUUUAUGAAAUGAGAAAUUAAUAUAUAUGGAAAUCAGUUGUGUAUGUCUUUCCCACCAGCCCAACUGCCAGUGAACUUUUCAGUUCUCGUGAGUAAGGGCUGCAAAUGAGAACAAGGAUAUUAAGGCACCUAAGCCAGGUUCUGAAGUUUGUAGAAAGGAUUCUUUUCCCUCCCCUCACUUUCAGCUCGCUUGUAGGCAAUUAACUGGGGUAGGCUGCAGCUUGUCUGCUGGGGUAGCAGUAUCUGGAGGUGCUUUAUCUUCUGCUCUGCAGUGUCACUUGCAGUCAGCCAGUUGAUGUGGACUAGCAAGGAGGGGUUUUUCUCAAUGCCAGGGAAGAAGUGAGAAAAGUGGUAUGACGCUGCAGCCCAAAAUCUGAGGUGAAAAAGGGGGAUAAGAGCUAGCAAUCCUUAAAGGCACCUUUCUUUCCUUUCCUUGAGCAUCAAGUAGUGCAGCAGGCAAGUUUUACCAUGAGUUCUCUUCAAGGAGGUUAUUUUCUGAAGCUGUUGCUUUGCUCCAGAUGUGCCUUAAGUCCCAGAGGGGCUUACAGUUGGGCUCGCUGCUGGGUGAGGGUCUCCUUAACUGUGCAGCAGAAUGUAGCUGGUGUGUGAAGCUCCUGCUUCUCCAGGAUGUGUGUGUUGAGCCUGCAGGUGUGCUUACUGCUAGAAGCCUACUUUCAGGGGCCUGCCUUGAGAUUUGACUUGAGAGGGGGAUAGUCCAGUGCUUUCUCUGGGCCACACUCAUUAGAUGCACAUUUCAAAUAACAUGAGUGCCCUGGAAGCUUUUGCAGGGAAAACAGCUCGUUAAAUCUCUUCUUGUAUUGGUCUCCAGUGCUUGCCAAAUACACUUAGCAUUUCUACUGUAGUGGAGCAGCUGUCAUUCUGAAAAUGUGUAUCUUGUUUUUUCCACUCCCCUUGUAUCAGAGCAUAUAACAUUUCACGGGUGAUGGGCCAAGAAAUCACCCAUGUUGGCUGAAGAAAAAAAUAGAUGUGGAAGAAGGAAGUUGUGUUCAUUGCUGCCCGUAGCUCAUCUGUGCGGUGCCCAGAGAGGUGGUAUGGUGUUAAGUUUAGUUUUGCCUGCCUCGGGCCUCUCCAUGUAAGCUUUGGAUAUCAAAUGUCCUCUGUUGAGAUUGUGUCGGAGAGAUUAGAAGUGUUAAAGUUGCGCAGCUUUGGUUUAUAAGCAGUGCCAAUGCAGGGACAAAGCUGGUGCAUGAUGGAUGUGCUUCUUUAGUGCAAGUCAAAGCAGUGAUUCAUAGAUCUCGUGUUACUUUAAAUAUUCCUGAUUUUUGGACUGCAGGCUUGAGAAGUGGCUUCCAGCUCUGCCCAUUUUGGUCUGAUUUGAAUGUCAUCUGGGCUAGAAUCUGCCAGCUCUGCAGAUUAGGAUAUUGUGUUGUGCCUACUGCUUGUUAGGAAGUCGUCCGGCUGAAAAUUUUCGGUGUUGCCUGAUCAGUGCUGAGCAAUGAUCCACUGUCAUCUCUGUGUGUGUCUGAAUUAGCCCUGCACUUAGCGUGGAUGGUGCAGGGGAGCAAAGUGCUGCUUAGCUUGUCCUCCGUGUGAAAGCACUUCGACAGCAGCAGACAGGGAGCCUCGUGGCGUGCCUCUCUUGUGCAGACAGUGAAGCCCAGCAUCAGAGAUGUGAAAAAAAGAGGAGCAAGGUGGUUUGCUUUCUUGAUAACCAUUAUCAAAUAUUGCUGACAAGUGCAGGUGGCUCUGGCUGCUGCUAGCAGUUGCUGCAGCACUGGUUACCCAGCUUUAAGGAAGCGCAUUAUGCCGUGUUAACUCCUUGUGGCUGUGCACGCUCUGCAUCUUCACAGUUCUGAGGCUGAGCUGCAAAAGGCUUCCCUGCCACCACCUCACAAAUGGUCAACAAGUUCCUUGGCUCUCAUGGGCUUUUCAGCCUGCUCAUCUCCCUGAUGAAGUAUGAACCAUUAACUGGAGGUUUUUCUUAUGUGAAAAAUGGAGAGAACUUCCUUGUGUUGAAAACGCGACUCAGAUCUCACCUAUCUCACCUGGAGGGGCAGUGGGGAAUGAAAUGGGAAUGGUGAAAUCUCCAGCUCCAUUGAGCCAGAGGAAUUUAUACUCUUCCUACCGCAUCUCUGGAUUCCUGGAUCCUGCAGUGCAGUGAAUUGGCACUGCUAGGACCUCCCUGCCGCAUGCUCGCCUUGCCUGCCCACCGGCUGCUCCAUCUGAGCCCACCGGCACCUGAUGGGAGUAGUGAUGGGGAGAAGGAAGGAGCUCCUGCCCAGGGCUGAGCUCCCUCAGUGGGAUUCUUCUGUGCCCAGCUGUGUGCUUCAGGACCCUCUAUAUGCAGUUGAAUUGAGGUGGGCAGGCUGGAGCUCUUCCUGGGGUCAGUCACCAUCCGUGUGCCGAAGGGUCUGUCUGUGUGGCCACAGCACUUCGGAGCAGCUCCGUGCCCUCCUGCCUCUCUCACUUCGUGUCCACUUUAAGAGGGUUCAUCUGCAAUGCAGCUGUUAGCAGGGAAGUUCUGUAAAUCAAGAGGGAGUGAGUGCGAGCCAGCCCUCUGCCUGCAGUAGUGGCUGGGUCCUCAGCACAGCCUGGGCAGACUUGCUCACAAAGGCUUCUGCAGGAGGAGGAGGAAGGGGCAGCAGCACGGUGCAGAUGGUCACUGCCCCCCCCCCACCCCCUCCUUGCGUGUCUGUGCCUGCACCUGGUGCUCAGCAGCUGGAAAAGCACAAUGGGCAGCAGCCUCGGAACUGGAAAAUCCUGUCGUGCUUUUCCCUUCCUUGCUUCUCCCUUCCUUGCUUCUCUGUCGUCUCACCAGGUGUUUGCUUAGGGCCGUUCCUGUCAGGAUGCCUUCGUUGCACACUCACUUCUUACACAGGAUGUCCUGUUACAAUUCAAAGCCAGCGAUCUUCAACACAUGACUCAGAGAGUCGCAGAGGCCUCAUCAGCCAUGGCUGUGUAGCUAUUUAGUGCCUCACUGCCUGGCAUCACAGCCCUGCUCACUGGAGGAAGAGUAGGAAGAGCAGGGAAGGGCUGCUUGUGGCCCCGUUGUGACUGGGAGCUCUCGUGGGAUUGCUUAUGGUUCUUGGCCAUACAUUUCUGAGGAUGUUCUGGUAGAGAAAAGCCCUCUGUUUUCUGCAGCGAGGUAGCUGGGAAGCAGGAAACCCUCACAGGGACCUGCAGGGCUGGAGCUGGGAACAGUACCCAUGUCCUUCUGCAAAGGCAGCAGCUGUGGGAGAGCACUCCUGCUUCUGCUGGUGCUGAACAGGCAAGAUUACCUCCUUUGCUGCACGUUCAAGUAAUCUGGGCAGACUUUGCUAUGGAAUUCAAUCUCAAUUUCUCUAUUACCACUUUGGAAAGUCAUCGGUGAUGCAGGAGAAACAGUUGUGUAAUUCACCACCUGCUUUUUCUCCUCUGUUUUCCUUCUCUCCUGUUUGUCUGGGCAUUCGUUGUCCCUCUUGCAAUAACUGAAUUGUGCGAACCAUGUAUAAGCAGUGUUCCCUCCCCUUUUGCCGGGGGACUGGCUGACUUGUUGUAAGAAGUUAUUUUUAGGGUUUGCUUCCUGGGAUAUUCUACCCGUGGCCAGUUAUGGUGAUGAAAAUGUCACUGAGACGUAUAAAGGACUCCCAACUCAUUGCUAGCAUGCCUGAUCUCUCUGUUAUAAUGGUGCUCAUGGGAGACGAGAGUCCCUUCCCACUGCAUCACCUGUGAUUAGGGAGACAGUCACAAUGACUCUGCAGCGCGACUCCCUGUGAAAAGAACACCGAGCUUCCACCCUAAGUGUUGUGCUGAAACUGAAUUGGCGCAGGAGAGGGGAAAAAAAGAGAGAAAGGGGGGAAAAAUAAAAGGAGAUAGGAAAUAAAGGCUUAUCUUGGGUGCACUGGAGUUUUUCUGCCUUAUCCUUCUUUCUACAUGGGGAUGUCAAUGCUGCAGAGCUGUUUGUCACUACACAGAGCUGUCCCUAACAGGCCAUUUGCUCCUUGUACUGGAUGUAUUGGAUUGCACUGAGUUGCUGCCAAAAGCCUAGGCAGACCAGAGCAGGAGGUUUGUGCUUUUUCUUUUUACACGCCUCUGCUGCCUCCCACCCCAGAUCUGCUGCCUGAGCACCUGAGAACAGUUGAUCUUUAUGGCAGCUAUCUCCAGCUCGCACAGCAUGAGUGCAGUACAGGAACAUUGCAGAGCUGAACGAGGCCACGGGCUGUCAGUGCAUGUUCUCUGGUGCCAGUAUUGGUUUAAGGAGCGCCUGCCUCUUUUUCUUGGGCUGUUGUUCCCUUCUCGCUAUCACAGCUGGCCCCAUUCCUUUUCUUUCCUUUUCUUCACAUCAGGGAAUGAAACUCAGAAGAGCCCUUCUAAAGGGAGUUACUGAGGUUUUGGGGUUGAAAAAGCACUGGGUUUCCAGACAGGUUUCAGGGGAAGAGAUUGCCUGUGUGUGGCUCCUGAGGCUGGAGUCACUGCUUAGAAGAGUGCAUGCAUGCGCUGUGUCAGAGCUGCGCUGUGUGGAUGGGAUCUGGGGAUGGGAUCUGCGUCACCCUCCUGGCAGAGGCUGUGAGGAGCAGAGCCUGGAGCAGCUUUGGAUAGAGGCAGCAGGGAGCUGUAGCUUGGUUUUCAGGCCUAGUGCCAUUGGAGCACAGUAAAGGACAGUGGCCUCGCCUUGGCAGUGGUGCCGUAUUGGGGCCACGCGGGGCACUGCCAGCUGCAGCGAGGGGCAAGGGGCUGUGGGAGGGCUGGGGGACAGUGCCCCUAGCUAGAUCGUGUCCUCAGGGCUAGCAGUGCUUACAGAGCACUCUCUGUGUGUUUUUUUUAAGUGUUCCUUAUAUUCAAACUUGCUUUACUGAAUGCUAACUUUUUCUGCUACAGUCAUUUUGCUAGUCUGUUUCUUGGCAAUAGCUUAACGUACUUGUGCAUGGUACAGACAGGAUCAAGUUUUUAGACUCUUCCAGGGCCACGGGCAGCUGCAGUGUCUUUUUGUUUCCCUCUUCUCCAUGCUCUUGACUGUUGAGUGGACUUGUGGUGACAUGUGGUGCGUGUUGCCCUUCUGUAUAGAAGUGUUUUGGUGGUUCUGCUAUAUGUGAUGUUGGAUGGGACACAUCUGCAUUUCAAGUCCUCUCUCUGUGUGGUUUCUUGGUAGCUCUGUACUUACAGCUUUCUCUGCUUAGUUUAAAGUUAUCCCAGUAUUGCAAAGGGAACUUGCUCUUAAAAUAGAUGGCUUGGCCUUUUUUUUUUUCUUCUUAAUUAUUCUAAUCCCCUGAAACUUGGUUUUUCAUCUCACUGUCAGAAGAGCCUAUUUUGACAGGUAUUAUGUCUUAGAGAGGAGUCAUUCAGCACUUGGGUGUGGAGCCAUUCACCUAUGCCCCCAAGAAGACAUUGUGUUUAGUUGGUUCCUGGAGUGCCUGAUACCAGAAUCAAGGCAGGGUUUCCAGCAUUUCUCCCUCUCUCAACUGGUUGGAAUAGCUGGAAAAGUGGUGAAUACUGACAUGUGUGGACACAGGUCCUACCACCACAUCUCGUGCAGUGAAGAAAGGCUUUCUGCUUAAUUCCAGUGUUAGGAACGCAUAGAGAUUCUGUGCUUUCAUUUCUUUCCCUAGCUUCAUUAUUUGGGUUCAAACCACAUUUCCUUGACUUAUUCAAGAGAAAUCCCCCUGUUUGAUGACCAGUGAUAUGUAUAGCAUUUUAUUUGAGACGCUGUGAUGUCACAUUGUGAUGGAAGACUGGGGGCUGGAUGCUGUAGCUUUCCAGUCUUGGACAGCCCUGACAGUGACUUCUGAACGUUCAUGUGUCAAGUGUUUGCCAUGCUGUGUCUGUGAGCUUGGACUCGCUACUGUUCUGUUAUUUUUCCAAGUGAUAAGAGGGAGUUUGAAGACUAGAGAUCACCAGAAACUGGAACGUGAAGCUCGAAUCUGCCGACUUCUAAAGCAUCCGAAUAUUGUGCGGCUUCAUGACAGUAUUUCAGAAGAAGGCUUCCAUUACCUCGUCUUUGAUCUGGUUACUGGUGGGGAGCUAUUUGAAGAUAUUGUUGCCAGAGAGUACUACAGUGAAGCAGAUGCCAGCCACUGUAUUCAUCAGAUACUGGAGAGUGUGAAUCACAUUCACCAGCAUGAUAUCGUGCACAGGGAUUUGAAGCCUGAGAAUUUGCUACUGGCAAGUAAAUGUAAAGGUGCUGCUGUCAAACUGGCUGACUUCGGACUGGCUAUUGAAGUGCAGGGAGAGCAGCAGGCCUGGUUUGGGUUUGCUGGCACUCCAGGCUACCUCUCCCCUGAAGUCUUAAGAAAAGAUCCUUAUGGAAAACCAGUCGAUAUAUGGGCUUGUGGAGUGAUUCUGUACAUAUUACUAGUGGGGUACCCUCCCUUUUGGGAUGAAGAUCAGCACAAACUCUAUCAGCAGAUCAAAGCCGGAGCCUAUGACUUCCCAUCACCUGAGUGGGACACUGUGACUCCUGAAGCAAAGAAUUUGAUCAACCAGAUGCUGACAAUAAACCCAGCAAAGCGCAUCACAGCUGACCAGGCUCUCAAACAUCCAUGGGUCUGCCAACGAUCUACUGUUGCUUCAAUGAUGCACAGGCAGGAGACUGUGGAAUGCUUGAGAAAGUUCAAUGCUAGAAGGAAGCUGAAGGGUGCAAUCCUCACAACGAUGCUUGUGUCUCGGAAUUUUUCAGCUGCCAAAAGCCUGCUGAACAAGAAAUCAGAUGGAGUGAAGCCACAGAGCAACAACAAAACCAGUAUAGUAAGCACUGCAAAAGAAACACCCCCAGUGCAGACGUCCAUGGAGCCUCAAACAACUGUUGUCCAUAAUGCUACAGAUGGCAUAAAGGGUUCUACAGAGAGCUGUAACACCACAACCGAAGAUGAGGAUCUGAAAGCUCCCCCUCUCUCCACCGGGGACGGCAGCUCAGUGCUUGAAGGACGGAGGCACAGUGAGAGCAAAACACAGACUGAGUCCAUGCAGUCCCAGCUUUCUCUCUGUUUCUCAGCCAUGCGUAAACAAGAAAUUAUUAAGAUAACAGAGCAGCUGAUAGAAGCCAUCAACAAUGGAGACUUUGAUGCUUAUACAAAAAUCUGUGAUCCUGGUUUGACCUCAUUUGAACCUGAAGCACUGGGGAACCUGGUUGAAGGAAUGGAUUUCCAUAAGUUUUACUUUGAGAAUUUACUGUCGAAGAACAGCAAGCCGAUACACACCACCAUCCUGAACCCCCACGUCCAUGUCAUCGGUGAAGAUGCUGCUUGCAUCGCAUAUAUCCGCCUGACUCAGUACAUUGACGGCCAAGGCCGGCCCCGCACCACGCAGUCCGAAGAGACGCGCGUCUGGCACCGCCGAGAUGGCAAGUGGCUGAAUGUCCACUACCACUGCUCUGGAGCCCCUGCAGCACCUCUCCAGUGAGGAUCAUACACAGAAACUUGCGGAGAUACUCAGCUGGAGGGCAAUAUCUUCUUAGCAAGCAGCUCUGGAGUGCCUGAGUGACAGCAAUGGUCAUGUCUGUUUUGACAUUAAUAAAUAAAUAAAUAAAAAUUACAAACAGGCAGCAGCCAAAUGCACGAAACCCUGCAUGCAUCUGAUGCUCCAGGCGCUGCCUUUCUGUUGUUUUCCAUGGAUCCAUCGUGUCUGUUUCUGCUGUACGAAGGUGUUUUUAAAUCUUAAAAAAAAAAAAGAAAAAAAAAAAGACAUGUUGUUUGUAUAAAAUAAUUAAAAAACAGGAGUAAUGCUAAUUAAAUGACAGAUUAUCCAACAUGCCCCCCUCCUCCAGGGCUAAGAAAAUGGCAGCAGCUGGAACAUCUUUCUGAAAUGAAGUGAGGGGGAAAGCAAAAGUGAAGGAGAGAGAGAGAGAGAGGGAGAGGAAAAAAGGAAGGCAGCUUGAGCAGCGGAUGGCUGAACUGUGUUCUACAAAGCCCAGUGGAAGUUAACAUCGUGUUCAGGCUGAACUGUGACUUCAGUCAGUGAGCGGUGGCGUGGAGACCCCAGAGGAGCCAGUGUGAAGGCUGGGGCUCGUGAGCGAGGAGGCGCUUCUCUUCGUAUUGCCCAGCAGACUGACUUCAGCCUGAGUUUCUUCUUACAUUUCUGCACAGCAAGAACGCCAUGGAAUGCUGGUUGCUCGGCUGCUGGAUCCCAAAACAGACUUUUUUUUAAAGAAAUACACAAAACGGGAUGUUGAUUUAAAACUAAUGGUGGAAGUAGGGAUUAAAGAAAAUGGAUUUAAGCGAACAUUACUUAGAUAGAAGCUUGCUCGUCAGAGAUAUAAGUUCUAGGAACAGCCACUACCUGGCUAGACGUGGAGAUUUGAAGCCAGCUUAUUUAAUUUAACAACAACAAAAAAGAAAAAAAAAAACCAUGCAUUGCAUUAAGAGCAGAGAUUUCAGAGGAAAGAGGGUAUAUGUCUGGGAUUUUCUAUUUUUUUUCCUUUCUAGUAGCAUAGCCGGGAUCCACAGUGCUGCAGAACACGUGUUCCUUAGGAAGCAGACAAGAAACUUAGUGUUACGUUCUUCAUGAAGACUUGCACAUACACUCCUAUAUGAGGCAUAAAUAGCGUGUGUUUUUUAUACUGAAAUAUAUGCACCCAUAGAAUUAAAGGGGUUAUCUGGCCUCCUGUUUGAUUUGUUUGAUCUCCGAUGAAAAUAGCAGUGGGAGCCAGCAGCCCCAGCCAGGUGCUUCUCCCCACCACUAUAACCCAUCUGAUGUUUGUAAGUGUCAUGUUUCCUAGUGUUUAUUUGGGUAAUUUUUCUAUUUUUUACAGUGAUGUUGUAACACAGAAAACUAUCAGAUCAGAACCUCAAACCGUAGCUGUAGGACUCCGGGCCACCUCCUGGUGCUGCCUCUGGGUGUUAGAGGAUACCUCAUGAAGCAGAGGGGAAAGGGAAUUAGCACAUGUGAUCUGAUGUUUGUCCUUUGGGCCAAGUCACCUUCCUUUCUUUUCUUUGCUGGAAAGGGAGUCCGUUUCCUUUAUUCAUUGCAUAGGGAAUGUGGAAUUGUUUUGUUGAUCUUACCAAGAACCGAUCCUAGCCCCAAGAAGUAAACUACCUUUCUGGUGGACCCUUUCAGUAACAGAGUUUGUCUUGACCAAGGGAAAGGACAGGCUUAUUCAUUAUUUACAGAAUCUGAGAUGGGCUUUUACCUGAAUUUCUGUCUACCCCUAAGCAUUUUCUGGAUGCUUGAAGGAAAUUAACGUGAUUGCAUUGACAGCUUAUGAAAUGUGAGGCAACCUCUGUACAGACUACGGGACAGAAGAAAGCUAAUUUGGAAUUUUAAUCCUAUUUAACAGAAUGCAGAAAAUAAAAGCUGUUGCACGAAGUGGGGCUGUCUCCCCCAGAUAGCUGUCUGCUCCCUAUUUCAGAGAGGUGCUAUCCCACACCAGGAUUGGAUCAGCCGACCUGUUAGGCAGGAGAAGACCACGUGCAUCUCUCAGGUUUGUCUGAGUAAAUACUCUUCUCUUCCUCCCUCCACCACCCCAGGGAGGACUGUGGGGCUCGAACGCAUAGGGGGCAAACACUAGGUGUUAGUAUUUCAAAACAUUUUGAAGACAGCACUAAGCCAAUGAGUGAAGUGGAAAAAAAAUGAAAAGCCUUGAUAUUUUAUUCAGGUUUUUUUUUUUUAAAGUCACGAGAGCGCAAACAGGAGAUUACAAUUAUGCCAUUUAAAAGGGUAAAUACAAAACAUUAUGCAUGCCUUCUUUAGGUCUGAUCUUCCUUGUCUCUUUACCUGAUGAUUAUGAAUAAGAAAAAGAAAACCCUCUGUAUUAAGUAUCUGCAUCUUUCAGAGAAAAUUUAAAAAGAAAAGAACUCUUGGGUUUUUUGGUUUUGCACAGUCUUGGAGACAAACUCUCUUUUGUUUUCUUUUUGUUUGUUUUGUUUCCUUUUAAGUUAAUGAGAACCCUAGCUUGGUAUGGCCAUUAUCAAACACAGCUGUACACCUUUAGCAUUCUUAAUGUUCUCUUAUGGGGCUAAUAUAAGCAUCUAUAUAAUAUAUAUUAUAAAUAUCACAUUUUAAACAGGAAAUGGAAGGCAUUUGAUGCAGAAUUUUUGCAUGAUAUAGAAAUAACUAAAGUUAGCUAGUGUUUGUUUGUUUGGUCUGAAUGUUGGUAGAACCUUCAUAGCUUUGUUACAAUGAAACCUUGAACUGAAGAUAUUUAAUAAAAUAACAUUUAAACAGUG